AUGGCUGACCCGACGGAGGAUGCCAGUGAGGAGAGGUAUGGAUCUCGAUCCUCUGCUUCUAUGUCUUCAAUCCAUGCAUGGUUGCAACAGCUGCGUAAGGCUAUAGGAGGUGUGCCAAAUCUGGUUAUAUGUACAGAUGCAUGCAAAGGAUUGGAGACUGCAGUGGGGGCUGUUUUCCCAGAAGCUGAGAACAGGGAGUGUAUGAGGCACUUGUAUCAAAACUUUUUGAAGAAAUAUUCUGGUGAUGUGAUCACUGAACACUUGUACCCUGCAGCUAAAAGCUACACAUUUGGUAUGUGGCAGUGGCAUAUGAAGAAAAUUUUUGAGUUUGAACCAAGGACCAUUGAUUACCUUGAGCAGCACCACAAUAGGAUAUGGCGAAGGAGUGCCUUCUCAGAGAACAGCAAGUGUGACUACUUGACAAAUAAUGUUUCAGAGAGCUUCAAUGCACAGAUAAAGAAGUUUAAAGGAUUGCUAUUGCAUGAAUUGGUUGAUAGAAUCAGAGAACUCAUAAUGGAGACAAGAUACAGAAGGAAGAUGGUUGGUAUGCAGUGGGCUGAUGGAAUACUCCCUAAUGUGAUUAAGGACCUAAACUUGAUCAGCAAUAAUGUUAAAGUGGUGAAGGUAGCAGUUUGUGAUGUUGAUGUUGCUGAAGUAACCAUCUUGGAUGACUGGCAUAAUCAUAGGAGGGAAACAGUUGACCUCCAGAACCACAAUUGCUCCUGCAGACAGUGGCAAUGUCUGAAUGGUUACACAUUUUCUCUUGCUGUGUUGAACCUUAUUGUGUUGAACAUAACAAAUGAAUUACUAGUUAAGAUUUCUAUGGUCAGCUAA